AUGUCGUCGACUGCUCUUCCCAAGCGCGUUGCGCUGCACCGCAACCCCACUACCGACUCGUCGAUGCCCUCCUCGGUCUCGGGCUCGCCCUUCGACAGCCCCCGCCAGUCGCCCUCAUCGACGUCGCUGUCCUCCAUGGCCUCGGAGCAGGAGGUUCGGACCAAGAUGCUUGAUACGUAUGGCAACGAGUUCAAGAUCCCCGACUUCACCAUCAAGCAGAUUCGUGAUGCCAUCCCCGCCCACUGCUUCCACCGCUCCGCCGUCACCAGCUUGUACUAUGUCUUCCGUGACAUGGCGAUCCUGGCCUCCGUCUUCUACCUCUUCCACAACUAUGUCACCCCGGAGACUGUUCCCUUCAUGCCUGCUCGCGUGGCCCUGUGGACGCUGUACACCGUUGUCCAGGGUCUCGUCGGUACUGGUGUCUGGGUGUUGGCCCACGAGUGCGGUCACCAGGCCUUCUCGCCCUCCAAGGUUCUGAACGACACCGUCGGCUGGAUCUGCCACUCCCUUCUGCUGGUCCCUUACUUCUCGUGGAAGAUCUCCCACGGUAAGCACCACAAGGCCACUGGUAACAUUGCCCGCGACAUGGUCUUCGUCCCCAAGACCCGCAGUGACUAUUCCACUCGCAUUGGCAAGACCAUCUACGAGCUCAGCGAGCUCGUCGAGGAGACUCCCAUUGCGACUGCCACCCACAUGAUUGGCCAGCAGCUCUUUGGCUGGCUGCUGUACCUGAUCACCAACGUGACUGGCCACAACAACCACGAGAAGCAGCCCGAGGGCCGCGGCAAGGGCAAGAAGAACGGCUUGGGUGGUGGUGUCAACCACUUCGACCCCUCUAGCCCCCUGUACGAGGCCAAGGAUGCCAAGCUGAUUGCCCUGAGUGACCUUGGUCUCAUCCUCACCGGCUCUCUUCUGUACUAUAUCGGCUCCACCUAUGGCUGGUUGAACCUGCUCGUGUGGUACGGUAUCCCGUACCUCUGGGUCAACCACUGGCUCGUUGCCAUCACCUACCUGCAGCACACCGACCCCUCCCUCCCUCACUACGAGCCCGAGGUGUGGAACUUUGCCCGCGGCGCCGCUGCCACCAUUGACCGUGACUUUGGCUUUGUCGGCCGCCACAUCUUCCACGGCAUCAUCGAGACUCACGUCCUGCACCACUAUGUCAGCAACAUCCCCUUCUACAACGCCGACGAGGCCAGCGAGGCCAUCAAGGCUGUUAUGGGCGAGCACUACCGCACUGAGGCCCACACCGGCUCGUUCGGCUUCUUCAAGGCCAUGUGGACCUCUGCCCGUGCUUGCCAGUGGGUUGAGCCCACCGAAGGCGCCCAGGGCGAGAGCAAGGGCGUUCUCUUCUACCGCAACCACAACGGCAUUGGUGUUUCCCCCACCAAGCUUGUUGCCGAAUAG